UGAGUUCGCGCCUUUGCCAAGAUCUUGGCGAACAGUCUCUCACCGUGUGAUUGUAGCUCAGAAAUUAUUUUUCUUUUGGUGAUGAUCGUACUGGGCUGGAUUCUUUUUGUUGGGCUUGCAUCCUACAUGGGGACAUUUCCAGAGGUGAUGCCUCCGACUCUAAAGUGGAAAGAGGGGUUGCCUGUUUGGGAGACCAAGGCACGGCGAAGAAGCCAAACUUUGGAGGAUGAGCUGCUGCUGCUGCUGUGAGAUCAGGAACGAUGUGGAAGGGAUAUAAAUAUCCCCCAGGAGGGACCCCCUUGGAAGUAAACAAAGAUGACCCUGGUGAAGUCAUGCAGCUGUGAAGAACACCCAACUGCCCAGUUCCUGUUGUAGGUUUCACAUAAAGUAAUCGCACAUUAUUUUGUCAGGUUCUGUGUAGUUACCACGCGUUUUAAGAUGGACAAAGACAAUAUUCUCCUAAUAGAGACAGAGAGUGAGUUGGUAGGUGGGAGUGAGUGGGUGAUGGUCAGGUUCUAUUUGUCAAAGCCUCUAAGGCUGAGACACCUUGUUUAAAUUGUCCCCUCUUGGGUAAUCAUAAGUAAUGAUUUUUAGACCCACUUCCCAAAUACUAUAUCCCAAAUCUUGAGUCCAAAAGUAAAAAUUAUCCCACGGGGUUCAUUUAAAUACAAGGGAAGAUGCUAAGGUGGUAUUCAACCCUCACCCAGACCUGCUGAAGCUGGGUCUUGGCCUCACUUGAAGUGACCGAAGAGAAAUUAAGAGGCUCAGGUAUCUUGCCAGCACAGACCUGGACACAGUAGGGAUGUAGAUGCAGGCUUCUUCCAGGAACACCUAUGUGUUGUGUGCUAAGGCAAUGGUCUCCCUCACCUGAAGUUAUCCAAUGAUCCUUUUAAAAGAUUUUAAAAAUUAUUUUUAAUUAUAGGUAGGUGUAUGUGUAGGUCUGCAUUGGAAUGCAACAGAGGCCUCAGUUUCCCCCUGGAGUUAGUUAUAGGUGAUGGUGAGCUGCCAGUGCAGGUGCAGGGAAUGGGCUCAGGUCCUCCCCAAGAGCUCUUAACCCAAACCACUUCUCCAGACAGCAUAUGUAUAAACAAAACCUAGGUGCAGCUCUCAACAUGGAUGCAGUAAAUUUAAAUUCAGGGCUAGGAGCCUAAGCACAAAAUCAGCAGUUAAUAAAUGAGGAGUCUGAGCGUCGGUAUCUUACCCUCUAAAAAUGAGAUCAGGGAGGUGGUGGUGGGGAGGGGAAGAACAUUUCGGUAACUGUGCAAGAGAACAGGUGUACCCAGCAAAGCAUUCCUGUCGUUCACACAGAAAACACCUUGUUAUUCCUACCAUUUGUUAAGAGUUACUCUGUGUGUGUGUGCGCGCGCUCACCCGCGUGGAGACCGAAGGUCAGCGCCUGGUGUCUUCUCACAGCCUCCAGCUGUUUGAGACAGUCUCCCACUGAACCUGGAACUUGCCACUUUGAUUAGACUGGCCGGCCAGGGAGCCACGGGAAUCCACCCAUCUCUGUGCUGCCGAGUGCUGGAGUUACAGAUGUAAGCCACCAUGCCUCCCUUUUAUGGGGGACCCGCAACUCUGACCGCAGACUCAUUUGUGUGACAAGCACUUUACACAUCAAUCCACCGUAAGAUUAUCUUUCCUAUGGAAAGGAAAAUGAAUCCAAAAUGCAGAUGCAGUACUGAGGAAUUUGGGACUAGACACUAUUAUAUUUCCUGCUCUUCCACGACCUCACCCAGUCUCGGUACUCGCCUCCUGUGCGGCACUAAGGGCGCCCAUCCAUCCGUCCACGUAUGUCUCUGUGAGCGCAUGUACUGAGGGAGGUCAGAAGGCAGCGGGUACCCUUUAUCACUCUGCCUGUUCCUUCCCGGCA